GCCAUUUUCAUGUUUCUUUAUUAUUUAAUCUUGUGUGUCCAUAUCUCAUUCUUGACAACACAUCCUCCUCCUCCUUGCUUCUGUUCAUAUUUCUGCCCUUUCCCACUUUAUUUUGGAUAUUAUAGAACUGUCUUCCAGUCUGCCCAUUGUCCCAUAAUGUUUGCCAUUUGCUCUUAACAAUGUUUUUAACUAUACUCUUAAUUUCUGCUUUGCUGUAAUUAACCUCAAUAUCUACAUUGGAAUUUCCAGCUGCUUUCUUAGCACAUUUGUCUGCCAACUCAUUUCCUGCGACUCCUAUAUGGGCUGGUACCCAUAUAAGAGUUAUCUCAGUUCCUGCUUGUAUCAGAUUAUUUGCAAUUUGUAUUAUUUCUAUUACAAUAUCCUGUCUUGAUUUUGACUGACAUGUUUUAAUGCUGAUCAAAGCUGAGCUUGAAUCUGAAGCAAUUACUGCCUUCCCUGGCCUAUUAACUUCCACCCACAGCAGAGCUAGCCACACAGCGACCAACUCCGCUGUAUAAACUGCCAAAUCAUCACUGAUUCUUUUACCAACUUCUACUUUUAAUUUUGGGAUGACAUAUGCUACCCCCAUUCUUUUAUCACUCUGUUUAGAUGCAUCAGUAUAUAUACUUACAUCCUCUCUAUACCUUUCCAUUAAAUAUCUCUGCACCCCAUACCUGUCCAUACCAUUUCCUUGCUGCGAUUAGACACUCAGAUUGAAUCACACCAUAAAGUCUGUUGAGUUUCUCUUACCAUUGGUUGAUAGAGAGUCACGUGAUUGAGAGGUGUGCAUGUUUACCUGCUCUUCUCUUGCAUCUGUGCGUGAACACACACAGACACACACACACACUGGUAGGCUAUACUCUUGACAGGAUGAACUGAUGAACAGUAGCAAGUCAACCGGACACUGUACGCGUGUGCCUUUUAUGUAGCUAUAAUAUCUUGUAGGUUAAAAUAGUUGAACUAAAAUUGUCAGUUAUACCCAAAUCCAUUUUGAAUGCUGUUAAAAAUACCGCCGAGCUCAAGUAAUGGCACUGUCACAGGUUCAGUGCCUUGAUAACAAUCACAUCAAUUUGCGCACAAACGAGUCCAAGCCGGGGUUCUUCUACAGCGAGCAGCAGAGACUCGCGCUGGAAACACUCAUAGAAGACGGACAGGACGCUUAUGAGGACUACAUCCAAACAAACAACAUCCGCUGCUUUCUAUCAGACCUUGAACUUCAGAGCAUUCUCAGCACUGUGGAGGUGUAUUGCCCGGGUUCCCCUGAUUUUGACGCUGAGCUGCUCGGCGACAGUGAUGGGGAAGAGGUUUCGCUUCAGUACUGGCCUGACCGCUCGGACCGCUCGAUCCCGCUGCUGGAUAUCGGGUGGCCGGACCGAGCGUCCUACCGCGGACUGACUCGCGUUCAAGUGUACACUCAGCCUCCUUAUGAGGGUCAGUCACAUAUUAAAGAGGUCGUUAGAAAAAUGAUCUCUCAAGCUCAAAAGGUUAUUGCAAUUGUCAUGGACUUGUUCACAGAUAUUGACAUUUUCAAAGAUCUCCUGGAUGCAAGCUACAAGCGGAAGGUUUCUGUGUACAUUAUGUUGGAGGCCACCGGAGUGAAGCACUUCCUGAGAAUGUGUGAGAAAGCAGGCAUGCACACUGGACACCUAAAGAACAUGAGAGUGCGCAGCAUCAGAGGGACAGGAUUUUUUAGUCGAUCCUCAAAGAGAGUGUGUGGAAGCCAAAGCCAGAAGUUCAUGUUUAUUGAUGGAGACAAAGCAGUCUCAGGGUCAUAUAGUUUCACGUGGUCUGCCUCAAGACUGGACAGAAAUCUCAUCACGGUCCUCACUGGCCAAGCAGUCGACACGUUUGACUCAUUGUUUCAGGACAUGUAUGUGAUGUCUAAUGGAGUGUGUCUGAGCAAGAUUAAUCUAAGCAGUGAGCCUGAACCUGAUUUCCUCCCUCAAGUAGUACCCACUCUACUUCCCUCAGCCACAAGAGCACUCAAGCUUAUUAACCCGAAAUACACUCUUGUCUCCAACUGCGCUUUCACUUCCAACGGACCUGCAUCUGACCAGACAAGUGCCAAGAACAGCACUUCCAGGAAUCAGCCAGAAGUCAUCAAACGAAUUAAAGACACACCAGCGGUGCCACCGGUUCACCCGGGACUGCUCAACCUGGAAAAGGCAAACAUGAUCAAUUAUGUGCCAACCUGGCCUGAUCCUGACCCACCGAGUGAUGUCAUUGGUUUUAUAAACAUAAGAGACUCCAACAAGCCACUGCAAGCUCACCUAAUGCGUUCAGAACUCUUCGAAGUGUCUCAAGCCAUCCGAUUCAAGGAUCCUCUUCAUGAGCCAAAGGAGUCUUUGAGGGAUUGUCCUGGACCUAUAUCCCAAACUACCUAUGAUCCUGAAACUCCAGCUCAGAAACAAACAUCAGGUGAAGCGCAGGAGUAUUUUGAUCAAAAUCAACAUCAAAGAAGCAGCCAGAGAGAGAAGCUUAUCUCACCUUUGGAGAAGCCAAAAACAGUGCAUGUGCUUGCCUGUAGUAAAGUAAAUAAAGAGCAACUAUGUGUGAUGGAAAAAGAGCUGGCCUCUAUAUCUUUACAGAGAAAAAACAUAAAUAGGGAAAAAGAAAACUUUCCCAAUACAAUUUUAUCUUUUGCUCAAGAUGAUACAGGUAGAAAGCAAGCUCUGGAUACUCCAAAACCUCUAAAAUGUCCUGCCCAGACCUCAGAGGAUCUUGAAUUGAAAUCAUCAUCAUCAGCGUUGUCCAUCAAAAAUCAUUAUGAAUCAUUUGCAAUCUCAGAAACCCCUUCUGUUAUGCAAAGCCAAGAUGAACAAGUCAUAAAUGAUGUUGCCACUCAUGACUACAGAGAUACAAAACCAGACACAAACCAAAAUGGCUGGAAUGGUACGCAGGGAUCUAACUGUGACUCCAGCAUCUCUUCGUUGUCUGAUGAAUUCUACCAGUGUUUUAGCCCUGUGGCUGACUUUAGGUCUGUAGGAGAUGUCUUUUUGCCUGAAAAUACACCAGAAUCUUUGCAUAAUUCAGUCGAAAACAGUCAACAAGAGCAGGGAGUUCCUUGUUCAAAUUCAUCCCCAGCUCAAGAGAAUGCAGAUUUGGAUAGUAAAAAUACCUUGUUUAUUCAGAAACUUUUAAAAACAUCUUGCAGUAUUAUUUUCAAUUUCUUAUUUGCAGACUUCAAAACAACAGCUGCAACUUCAAAAAACACCUCUGCUCAAAAAAGAGACAAAGGUACCAUAAUAAAUGAUAGUGAACUACCAGUCAAAGAUAGCGAACCCUGUUAUUUCUCACAUACUCCUAACGGUUGCUUCAACUUCUCUUCAACUUCGGAGGAAUACUUUGAGUGCAGUGAUACAGUGGGUUUGACGUCAGAAAUUGAUGGUAUAGAUCAUGAAGUGAAACCAAGCUCAAUGGAGACAUUAAGUUCGGAUGAACGACUACAAGUACUGAAGCCUGUACUGGAAAAUGAGAAACUAUCAGAACUAAACGGUCAGAACACAAAAGAAAACAAUGACCCCAAAAUGCAUUUUGGACAGGAUCACCUCAAAUUUCAACACAUAUUAGAGAUGACAGCUGACAGUCACCAGGCAGUUUUAAAGUCUGAAGAUAAUGCCCAAACUCAACAGGAUGAGAACGUUCACAGACAACUACAAGAGUCUGAAGUUACAUCAGAGACAGUAGUAGAGAGCAUUCUGAUUAGUAACUUAUUGCAAGAGCAUGAGAUAAGUGCAUCUCUGAAGGUUUUAAAGAUACAGUCCAAGGAUGCUUCUGUAGAAUUAGUUGAGAAAGUUGAAAAAGCACCAGUGCAAGACUUACAACUUAAGAUAAGUCUGGAUUUAGCAUCUGAGCAACCUGAAAAAGAACCACGACAGGACAUGCAACUUGAUGAAAAUCAUCCACUCAGCCGGAAAUCUGAAGAGCAUGUGAAUGAGCAUUUAAAGCUUCAGAGCGAUGAGAUCAGUCCAGCAGCGCUAAAGAGAAAAUCCAAGGAGCACAAUCCUCAAGAGAAACUGCCUAAACAGUCUGAAACCAUUGAGCUGCUGAUAUUAGAGGAUUCUGACUUCCAAAAGACAGACAACCACAUCAAGCAUCAUCCAGAAUUCCCAUUCAAAUUAGAGGAGGGUUAA